CCUAGCAAUGGGAACCUGAGCCGCAGGCUGCGGCGCCUUAGGAUGGUGAUCUGGGGGCCCCUUCUUGGGCCCCCUUCAGAGUUUGUCAGUGGAGUUUUAUUUUUUUAAUUCAUAUUUUUGUUUAUAGGAGAGAAAUACACCCCCUUUCAAAGAAUCGGGAGCUCAUAAAAGUUUGGAACUUUCUAAAAAGUGAAUAAUUUCAGGCUUGCCAUCUGGACUUCCUUAUCCUGUUUGUGAGAAACCCAAGUGACUUGCUUUCCCUUUACUCCUGGGUCAGAAACCUCUUUGGACUGUGUGUAAUUGGGUGUGCACUUGUGAGUCAGGGAGAAAUUGCUGGAGCCCCUCGCACCAGUGGUUGCUGAAGCAGAAGAUUCCAGAAAAACCAUUCCCUUGCGGGGCACAAGCUAAGCCUGAAGGAUUUCCAAAAUGACCAAGGUACCAGCCACCAAGAAGAUGCAGAGUUCCCCCAAUUCCAGAGCCCUUUGGCCCUUUUAUGGCUCAGAACAUCUAAUCCAGGUCCCAGACAAGCCAAUGCGGAGCAUCAAGUAUAUGAACAAGGAAAUAGUAAACCUCAAAAAAGACCUUGCACGAAGCCGCUUCCUGAUCCAGUCAGUGAGGACAGGCCGCGGGUAUUUCACCAUGCUGAGGGAGGAGAGCGCCUCGAGGAAGAGGCAACUCCAGCUUCAGAAGCUGGAAGAGGAGCAACGACAUCAGUUCCAACCACCCGAGAAGAUCUCAGAAAUCCCUUACAGGGACAGUCUUUUGACCACGUAUGAUGAGGAGAAGAUCAAGAAGACGAGGCCCGCAGUCACGCCUCACCCGUUCACGCCCGUGCACAGCUGCAUCAUUUUGCCCUCACUUCCUGAAGCUCACAUGGAGCCCCUCUUCCGCCAGCUCUGUGCCCUCCACUGGCUUCUGGAGGCCCUGACUAUUGACCACACCCACCACACCAUGAAGCCUGUGAUCACCUGCUGGAAUCCAAAGGACCCGGGUGGAAGCAAGAACACAAUAAAAAAAAUCAGUAAGGACAAGUCCGUGGGACAGAGAUGGGAACACUUCGUCACAGCGACAAAGCCCAAGAAAUUCAAAAUCCCCACACAACACGUCACCAGCCACAAACCCAGCUGGCGAGGCUCGGUGCUCAGCCUGUCCCGGACCAGUGGAGGGUCAUCCCCGGGGGGCAGCAUGUUGUCUGUGAUCCCCGGCUCAGAGGAGCCCCUGAGUGUCAUCACCCAGGCAACGGGCAGCAAGGACGUGGAGGACAAUGAGUCAUCUUCGACCAAGCCUGACGAAGAACCCGUCCAUACCGACCUGCAGAAGCUCCUGGAGAUGGUUCGGGAAGAUGCCCGGAGGACAAUCACAAUGGAAAAUGGGAUGGAAAAAACAGCACCCAGUAUCUUGUCAAUACUCAGACAAAACAAGAGUGAUACUGCCCAUAAAGACAUCCAGACCACCCACAAAUCAAGCAAUAGAUCCAGCAGUACAAGUGGAGACAGCCACACCCAGGCAGUCCAGAGAAAGUCUAAAAGCCACACCAACCGUGACAUCAUUCACUGCAAGAGUGGGGUGUGUUCUGCCAUGAGGGCCAAGUUUUCCAGGGUGGCCCAGGAAGCCAGCUUCUGUCUUCAGGACAAGAUAGAAAUCCUCAUGAAGCACCAAGAAGAGAGAGGUCUCCAGAAGUUCCAUUCUUUCAUCCUUGUCUCAAAUUUUCAAAAGGAUAUAGCAAAAAUGAGACAUCAAGUCUCAAUAGGAAAAGGAGAUGUAGAAGAAAUUGCAGACCACUGGUAUUUUGACCUGCUGUCCAAACUCCCGGAGAAUCUGAAGAAUUUCCGCCCUGCCAAAAAGAUCCUGGCCAAACUGCAGAAGUUUGGGGAAAACCUGGACUUGCGGAUCCGACCCCAUGUUUUCUUGAAGGUGCUGCAGGAUCUGAGAAGCUGGGAGCUGUGCUCUCCUGACAUCGCUGUGGCUAUCGAGUUUGUGCGAGAACACGUCAUCCAUAUGACUCAAGAGGAUUAUAUCAGCUGGCUGCAAAAGCGGAUCAAUAUCCCCAUCCGGCCCCACAACACCCAGAGGUAGUCUGGGCCUGGGUUGACCAGCAGUCCCAGUGGGGUAGGGCCAGACUGUACUGUAGGCCUGCUUCCUUCCUGCUCUCAGGGAUAUGCACUAUCGUAUAGGAGGGUCAUCUGGAGACUGGCUUCUGGCAACAUUCUAGAGAGAAAGACUCCCAGGUGGAAUCUCCCCUCAACCUCGCACCCUCACCUCAACUUCCUAGUCUCUGUUCCAUAUUGGUCCAGCCUGACUCUACCCACUCCCUCUCCAGAUCCCUUCGUUCUAUCCCUCUGCUUCAAAUUCUGGAUAAUAAAAUUGAGUUAAAUGUUGGCUGUCUGGCUGGGAAAGAGUUGGAGCUGUGGAAUUUGGGUGUGGUCUUCAGAUCCUAACAAAAACAGUUGCCAUUUAUUGAGCUUUUGUUAUGUAGCAGGCCCAGUGCUGGGUGAGAUUAUUGCCUAAUAAUAUCAUCUGAAUC